AUGCUCUGCGUUGACCGGAGACAGAAGUUUCCCAUUAGGAGCUUCGAUUCCACGGCAGAGACUUCCAUUGUUAUUGGAAGGGCCUCUUUAACUGGAAAGGCUGGGCGCGAGGAGAGCGCCCAUAACGGACUGUUUGCCGAUGCUACUUUGAGUGCGCUGCAUUGCACCAUCUUCAGCGAAGACGGCUGCUGGUACGUGAAGGAUCACUCUAUGCAUGGCACAGUGCUUUCGUAUGGUGACAAAACCUUUCAUCUUAGAUCUCAUGAGCGUAUAGCGUUGAAGGAUGGAGUUGUCAUAGGUUUGAUCGUUACCAGUAAAGGCAAGCUUGACUCCGAUAAGCAGAUUGACGUGUUCAGGCACACAAAAAUUCAGCUGAUGGUUGUCAGCGAUCACAAGCAAAAGCUUUAUCUUGUUUAUUUGGACAGGGCCGCUUGCAUUGGUGAUGGUGAAAGGAGUGUGCGCCAGGCCGAUAUCAGACAGGCAUUUGAUGAAGGCUUUGACGAGUUCGAAGAGGGCGGAGAAGUUUUUGAAACCGUAGACUCCAACAAUACAGACUCAACCCAGUUGGAGAUCCGGGAAGAUGAAGGAGAUUCUGAUGACAACGAAGAACUCAGUCUGUCUUCGGAAUCCGAUGGCGCAGAUUUUUCUGACGCCACCAGACCACUUAUUGAAGAGAAUGCUGAGGUUUGUGUCUUGGUUGAAGAUGACGACCACGGUGAGGGGAGCUUCUACUCCAACUCGGAUGACAACAGUUCUGAAGAAUCUGAUGAUUGCGGUUGCUGUUCGGAUGAACCCACCUCUUCUGACGCAUUGAAACUCAGACUUUGGGAAGAGAUCGUUGCUGGAGUUGUGGACUAUGAGCAGGACCAAAACUCUGACAGUAACUCUGACGGCGAUUCGGGCAGCGAUUCUUCUUUCCUCAAGGAAGAAUCAGAGUCUGAUUGGCAUUUCUAUACAUGUGAAUGCAACGAAUGCCAGGAGGAUUCGGAUGACAAAGCUGCAGUGCUCUCUUCGACUAAGCGGAAAUUCGAUGUUAUUGAAGAGGAAGAGAUUUCAAUGCCUGCGAAGAAGCUUCCAAAGUUUGAACAGACCCCAGAAAGUUCGUGGUCGCAAUCGCUCAAGGCUGGUGCUAUAGGUGCUAUGAUUGGGUCCGUUGCAACGGUAACCGUUUUGGCAGCUAUUGGCCAAUCUUUAGAUCUUUGA